AUGACUACAAAGACCGCAGUAGAUAUGUCAAAAAAGAGGUCAACAAUGAGUAAAUCUCCGACUAAUGCCUAUAGAAGUAAACCUACUUCACCUACUCCAAAAGGUUCUCAAACUCCUAAAAGGUCUCAUACACCAAUAAGUUCUCAUACCCCAAAGAGACCGAGCAGAAUGCGGGAAGCUUCUCCUACCUUAUCUGAAAAAAACUGA